UUCAUGAAGCUCACUAAAAAUAAAUGCUUUGCACAUGGACCCGACGGCUUUCUGUUUCGGUCUCUCGAAGCCUAGCAUAGAAACCCUAGAUUCCCAAAACAAAGCCCUAUUGCUUGAUUGCUUGUGGAGGACGAAGGCAACCUAGAAAACAAAGAACGAUUCGCAUUUGAUAAAACUUAAACGUGAAAGAAAAAGGAAAGAAACAGAAAUAAAUACUUCUCUCUGGUUUCUACAGAUUUGAACUUCGGUUCGCACUUGCGGGAAGCUAUAGGGUCAAGGUGCAAAAAUCCAAGCUUAUUCAAAAUCUUUCUGCCUGUUUACAGAUUACAGUUUUGUCGAUAGAUCAUUGCAAUGGUUGAUAGCAAUUCAUCAUCUGGGCCCCCCAGCAAAAACUCGAAGCCUAAUCCUGAUGCAAAUUCAGCUCCCGAGAACGAAAACUCGAUUGAAACCCUAGCCCGAAAGGUUCAGGAAUCGCUUUCUUUGGGGAAGAGACAUAAGUUCUGGGAAACUCAACCUGUUGGGCAAUUUAAAGAUCUUGGAGAUACAAGCUUACCUGAAGGUCCUAUUGAACCUCCAACGCCCUUAUCUGAAGUCAAGCAAGAACCUUACAACCUUCCAGGUCCCUAUGAAUGGACCACUUGCGACAUCGACAAUGACGAGACCUGUACUGAGGUAUACAAUCUUCUUACCAACAAUUAUGUUGAAGAUGAUGAGAACAUGUUCAGAUUCAAUUACUCCAAGGAGUUCCUGCGCUGGGCUCUUCGCCCUCCUGGCUACUACAAAAGCUGGCACAUUGGUGUUCGUGUCAAGGUCUCAAAGAAGCUUGUAGCCUUCAUUACUGGUGUUCCUGCAAAGAUCAGGGCCCGUGAUGAUGUUGUUAACAUGGCUGAAAUUAAUUUUUUGUGUGUUCAUAAGAAGCUUAGAUCAAAGAGGCUCGCACCCGUCAUGAUUAAGGAGGUUACCAGGAGGGUUCAUUUGGAGAAUAUUUGGCAGGCAGCUUAUACAGCCGGGGUAGUUCUUCCUACACCAAUAUCGACCUGCCAAUAUUGGCACAGGUCAUUAAAUCCUAAGAAACUUAUUGAUGUUGGUUUCUCUAGGCUUGGUGCAAGGAUGACAAUAAGUCGAACUAUAAAGCUUUACAAGUUACCAGAUUCAACAGUUACUCCUGGUUUCAGAAAAAUGGAGCUGCGUGAUGUCCCUGCAGUUACCCGUCUGCUUAGGAACUACUUGAAGCAUUUUGUUGUUGCACCAGAUUUUGAUGAGAAUGAUGUUGAACAUUGGCUUCUACCAAAUGAGAAUGUUGUGGACAGCUAUGUGGUUGAGAGCCCCGAGACCCACGAGAUUACUGACUUCUGCAGUUUCUACACCCUUCCAUCAUCCAUCCUUGGUAACCAGAACUAUUCAACUUUGAAGGCUGCUUAUUCAUAUUACAAUGUUGCUACACAGACGCCAUUACUUCAGUUGAUGAAUGAUGCACUUAUUGUGGCAAAGCAGAAGGAUUAUGAUGUCUUCAAUGCAUUAGAUGUCAUGCAGAAUGAAUCUUUUCUGAAGGAAUUGAAAUUUGGACCUGGUGAUGGCCAACUUCACUAUUAUCUUUACAACUAUCGGAUAAGACACAGCCUGAAACCAUCGGAACUUGGGCUUGUACUCUUGUAGUUCAGCUCCAUUGAACCUUAGUUCAUUUAUUGCAUGGACUAGUGGAAGUAUUUCUGGCUGUUUUUGUUGAACCAUUGUGGAUCGCAUUCAUAGCCUUGCUUCUUUUUCUCCAUGAUUUAGGAAAAAGAUGUUACUGAGCAUGUGAGACAACAGGGUUUUGUGACUUUUUAUAGCCUGUGCGCAGGUGAGUUUGGAAUGUUGAGCAAAUGUGUAGCUACAACUGAAAUAAGAUUGAAAUAUGAAAAACUUUUUCCUUUUUCUUUUUUUUUGCUUUUUCUCAUUCACUUUUCAUUGGGGUGCUUGGUCUCUUACUUCAUUCUGCAGUCUAUACAUGCAUGCUUCCCAGAGGUGGAAUUGUA